UUAUUGUUAGUUAUUGAUAAGUUAGAUUAUUUUUCGGUAACAAGAUUAGAUUUGAAUUCAUACUACUUUUUUGUUUUUUUUACAGAAUUUGAGUCCAAUACAAUACUUAUCCAAUCUAUUUUAUACUGUAUAUAAUUGACCAAAUGGUGGAAUAUUUGCAUAUUGCAGAGCUUUUACUCGAAGUCUUGAAGCUGCAUCAAAUUGGGGGAUUUUGAUCUUCGGAUUUGCUUUUGGUGUCUUGAGGCAACAGGGAUAAUUUAAAGAUUCUUUGGUGAAAGCUGAAUUUUGUGGAAAAAUGGCAACUUCAGUCAAACCCCCCUACAAAAUUAAGCCAAAGGGAAAACAUUAUUAUACAAUAUGGAAAACAUUGUUUGAGAUUGAUAUGAAGUAUGUUCCAAUCAAGCCUAUUGGUAGAGGAUCAUAUGGUGUGGUGUGUUCGUCCAUCAAUAAGGAUACUAAUGAGAAAGUUGCAAUUAAGAAGAUUAGCAAUAUAUUUGAUAAUUGUGUUGAUUCAGUGAGAACUCUGAGGGAGUUGAUGCUACUUCGACAUAUUCGACACGAGAAUGUGAUUGCUUUGAAAGAUAUUAUGAUGCCGGUACAAAGAACAAGUUUUAAGGAUGUUUACUUGGUUUAUGAACUCAUGGACACAGAUCUUGAUCAGAUUAUCAAGUCAUCUCACCCACUUUCCAAUGAUCAUUGCAAAUAUUUCUUGUUUCAGCUACUCCGAGGUCUGAAAUACCUCCACUCUGCAAACAUUCUUCACCGAGACCUGAAGCCUGGUAAUUUGCUUGUCAAUAGCAAUUGUGAUUUGAAGAUAUGUGACUUCGGGUUGGCCCGAACCAAUGGACUUGAUGGCGAGUUUAUGACAGAGUAUGUUGUUACGCGCUGGUAUCGUGCUCCUGAGCUUCUAUUAUGUUGUGACUAUUACGGAACCUCCAUUGAUAUGUGGUCAGUAGGAUGCAUUUUUGCUGAGAUUCUUAGUAGAAAGCCAAUCUUCCCCGGAACUGAUUGCCUGAACCAAUUGAAACUAAUUGUAAGUGUUAUUGGGACCCCACCUGAGUCUGAUCUCGAGUUUAUUGAUAGUCCAAAAGCGAAAUGGUUUAUCAAAUCACUUCCCUAUACAAGGGGGAUACAUUUCUCCCAGCUAUUCCCACAAGCAGAUACAUUAGCUAUAGAUUUGUUGCAAAAAAUGCUUGUGUUUGAUCCAACCGAAAGAAUCACGGCCUUAGAAGCACUCCAACAUCCAUAUAUGACUGGUUUAUAUGAUUCGAGGUGUAACCCUCCCGCUCGAGUCCCUAUCGAUCUUAACAUAAAUGAAAAUUGGGGUGAACAUAUGAUUAGAGAAAUGAUGUGGAAUGAGAUGCUACAUUACCAUCCUGAAGCUGCUUCUGCCGAUGCAUAGUUGUUUCUGCUUCACAUAGUUUAUCUCUAGAUGUAGUUUUGUUUAUUAAUAGAGAAAUGACAACCUGAAGUACUUGUAGUAUUGCUUUCUUAAUGUGACAUUCCCAUAUUGACAAUAGCAUGUUGUAACUUGUGUAUAACAUUAUAGCAUGCAACUGUUUUGGUUUUUUUUGUUAAGUUUGAAAUAUUUAAUGAUCAUCAUUUGUUUUCUUACAUUUAACAAGAAAAAAAAA